AGAAACCAACAAAACAAAAAUAAACAGCGAGCAAGGGAGGAACGGUAGGGGGACUCUCCCCGUCGGAACGUACGGGCUCCUCCUCAUCUCCUCCAAUCCAAAUCCCCAACCCCACCGAUCCCAUCUCACCGCGCCCCUCCUCGGCCAUGUGAGUGAAAAUUCUCGCGAGGGAAGGGAGCGACUCCUCAUACUCUCACACUCACUCCCCCACUCCGUCUGCCGCCGCUCUCGCGCUCCGAUUCGCGAGCCCGAUCCCGCGCGGAGAUUUGGGCGCUGAUAAAUCCGAGGCGGGUUGGGGGGAAUGGGGCAGGAGGGGAUGGGAUACAACAAAGGCAAGGGCGGAGGCGGAGGAGGGGGAGGAGGGGGUUUGCCGAUGACGGCGCCGCGGCCGCGUGGGGCGUCGCCGCACAGCAGCCACCACCACCGCUCGCGCAAGAUCCACCGCACCUUCAACAACGUCAAGAUUACCGUGCUGUGCGGCCUCGUCACCAUCCUUGUCCUCCGCGGCACCAUCGGCCUCAACCUCUCCCUCCCCAACCAGCCCACCGACGCCGACGCGCUCGCCGGCGCCAAGGCCGUCGAGGACAUCGACCGCAUCCUCCGCGAGAUCCGCUCCGACUCCGGCCCCGACGACGUCGACGACGCCGGGGACCUUGGGGGCUCCGCCGCCUACAACGCCACCGCGCUCAACGCGACGGAGGCGGCGGCGGCCUACGCGGCCGCUGUCGGACGCUACGCGCUCGGUCCCAAGAUCUCCGACUGGGACGGGCAGCGCCGCCGCUGGCUCAGGCAGAACCCAGGGUUUCCGGCCUCCAUCGCCGCCGGCAAGCCCAGGAUCCUGCUCGUCACGGGGUCGCAGCCGGGACCCUGCGACAACCCGCUCGGCGACCACUACCUGCUCAAGACCACCAAGAACAAGAUCGACUACUGCCGCCUCCACGGCAUCGAGAUCGUCCACAACCUCGCGCACCUCGACACCGAGCUCGCCGGGUACUGGGCCAAGCUGCCCCUGCUCCGCCGCCUCAUGCUUUCCCACCCGGAAGUCGAGUGGAUCUGGUGGAUGGACAGCGACGCGCUCUUCACCGACAUGGCAUUCGAGCUGCCCCUCUCGCGCUACGACAACCGCAACCUCAUCAUCCACGGUUACCAGGACCUCCUUUUCGACAAGCAUUCGUGGAUCGCCCUCAACACAGGCAGCUUCCUCUUCCGGAACUGCCAGUGGUCACUUGAUCUUCUCGACUCAUGGGCGCCCAUGGGACCCAAGGGAUUCAUCCGAGACGAAGCCGGAAAGAUACUCACCGCCAACCUCAAGGGCCGCCCAGCAUUUGAGGCUGAUGACCAGUCUGCUCUGAUUUACCUCUUGCUCUCGCAGAAGGAGAAGUGGAUGGACAAGGUGUUCAUAGAGAAUUCGUACUACUUGCAUGGCUUCUGGGCUGGGCUAGUAGACAAGUAUGAGGAGAUGAUGGAGAACCACCAUCCAGGCCUCGGCGAUGAGCGGUGGCCAUUUGUGACUCAUUUUGUCGGGUGCAAGCCAUGUGGAAGCUAUGGAGAUUAUCCAGUAGAGCGGUGUCUCAAGAGUAUGGAGCGAGCAUUUAAUUUUGCCGAUAACCAGGUGCUGCGGCUGUAUGGGUUUGCCCACAAGGGGCUUGAAAGCCCCAAGAUCAAGCGGGUCAGAAAUCAGACCACGAAGCCUAUUGAUGACAAGGAGAAUCUUGAUGUGAAGGCUAAGAUAUCGACCACUUCUUGAAAGGUCCUGAUGAGAGUUGGUGGUAUGGCAAUAGCAUACUUGCUUGGGCUCUCCUUCAAGGUUAGAGCAUUUUGUGACUUGGGGAUGGUGUUGUUUUAGUUUCCACAUUUUUUUUUCUUUUCUUUUUGUUCAAGGAAUUGUUAUUGUUAUGUAACAGUUAGAGAUUGCAAUCUAAUGUUUAUCAUGGAGUUAAAUGUUAUAGGAGCUCAAAUCAGCAGAAAUAGGCUCAACUUUUCUAUUGUGUUA